CGCCAGAAAACCCAUCUCGUACUUUCAUCGACUUGUUUCCAUUGAUGAAUCAGCUAAUAUGUAAAUGUGUUUUGUUAAUCAGCAAUGAUUUUAUCCCUUUUCUGUAAUUUAAUACGUUUAAUUUCCCACCUUCCAGAUGGCGUCAUCCGGAAAAUUUGGGGCGGAAAUUUCUAUCGCUUGGUCACAUCUCUUGGGAUUGCCUUUUUCCACUCUUUUACGAGAAGGACGCCCAUUUUCUCAAUGCAGUCCAUUGCAAGAUAGCAUAAAAAGAGGAUAUCGUAUCAGUCCAACGUUUUUUUAACUAAGAUAAAGUGAUAGGAGAGAAAGGGCGACGUGACCAGCAUUUAUCAAUGCCUUUUUUUUCUCUGUUGCUUACCUGUGGUUCCUGGGUGAAAUAUCUAAACAGUGAUAGAAGAAGAGCUAGCCAAACAGCCUUGAGCUUUUCACCCUCUUGUGACCAUUUUUGUACGAGAUUUUAAUCUAACGAAAAAGGGAAAACUUUUUGGGAAAGAUCGCCCUAGGCCGACGAUUUCUUGGUUUUUUCUGUCCUUUAAGUUUGUAGUUAUUUUCAGAGGAAUAUAAUCUUCCAGACGCCAGUAGUUUCCUGCCUUGAAAGAGAGCUGGGUUUUAAAAUAGUUCAGAAGACUUCGACGACCAGUGAUUGCUACACUGCUGUACAGAAUGAAGCGAAGUAUUCCAAUAAUCGACCUGGCCGACAUGGGACUUGGUAUUGCCGAGGAACCUAAGCAAUCAACGAUUGACCGUGUAUCGAAAGAGCUGGAUGAAGCUUUUGUUAAUAUUGGAUUCGUUUACUUAAAAAAUCACGGAAUCGACAAUCCCUCUAUAGAACAAUAUUUUCAAGUUGCGGGCCGUUUUUUCCAAGCACCAAAGUCCGUAAAAUGUGAACACAUGCUCUGCAAUAAAUACUUGGAUAUGAAUCAGAGAGCCAACGGUUACCUUGGGUCCGGCCCUGAGAUAUUAGAAAGCAAAAACUUGCAUGAAGUCCGGGAAGCCUACGAUAUCACUUCACUCGACAGUUUCUUUCCGGACAAACAUCAACCGGAAUUCCGAAAGACUGUCAGUGAACUGGUGCCGAAAUUGUGCAAAUUAUCUCAUCGCUUGCUCCGAUGCCUCGCUGUGGCUUUAGGUUUGGACGAAGAAUAUUUUACUCGAUGUCAUACUAUGAUGUGUCAAGGUAGUGACAAGAAUGCCACCACGUUCCGCACACUUUUCUAUCCAUCCCUAGCUGACGGUGCAAUAAAAGCUGGUGUGGAAAGGUGCGGCCAACACUCAGAUUAUGGGACCUUUACUUUACUCUUUCAAGACGAUAUUGGUGGAUUGGAAGUAUUGUCUGGAGGUGAAUGGAUAGCCGCUACGCCAAUCCCCGGGACCGUUUUGGUAAACGUAGGAGACCUGAUGCAAUUUUGGACGGCUAAUCGUUAUCCUGCAACGAUCCAUCGCGUACGAGUUCCCGAAGAAGAGAUUCGUCGUCGACAACCGCGGCAAUCGUUAGCCUUUUUCGUACAUCCGGAUAAUGAUGUAAUGGUCUCUCCUUUAAAUGGAUCCAAAAAUCAUUCGCCAAUUUCAGCUUUGGCCCAUUUAAAUCUUCGAUAUUCCCAGACGUAUAAAUACUAGAAUCGUAAUUCUUAAAUAUAUAGAAAUUACAUUUAAAAAACAAUCCAGUUUAUUCGGGAUACAAGGUAAUUUCUUACAUUUAAACAGCCCCAACAUAUAAGUUUUCUUGAUUCAAUUCUUUCACAUAGUGGGGGGCAAUAUUGCAAGGAAAAGUAAGAAAUGUGAUAAUGGUCCAACAAAAAUGUCUACGCAAAUCGAAUA